AAUGACUGAUUAGAAACACCCGAAUGUGUUUCUGCCACAUUUAUGCGGCUGUUUUUUCAAAGCGGUUCAAGUUAUUUCAGUUUAAACUUCGGGUACUCAAAUUUGACCCCUCUGUGUGGUUUUCAUGUAGCUAAAUUCAGAUUCGUAAUAGUAUAUUUAUUUUGCUAAUUGGUUGGUGAAAAUGGAUGAUGAAAAACAGCUUAUGAAGUAUUUAUCAUGGCUGGAUGAUUUGGAUCAAGAUGGAAUUUUUAGGGAUACCGAAAAUGUACUAACGUUGAAAAUGGAUCAAGGUGACUUGAGUGGACAAUCCAACAUCGAUAACACAUUACAGUAUGAUCCAAAUGUGGCGAAUUUCGACUAUUCCGAUAGGAUGAUGCCGUACAGUGUGAAUGAACCCAUCAUGACUGGUGCAAUUAAUACCACCCAACCAAAUACCGUACCGGAUUCGUUCAACUAUAAUAAUUUUUUACCAAAUGGUGGUUUUUAUACCGAUGGUUCGCUGAAUCAACAACACAUUCCUAUGAAACCUUCGGAGCAACCGUUCUGUGUAGAUAUGGACCAAACAGUUCAUUCUGAAAAUUCUUAUGUGAAUUCAUCAGACCCUCAAUUAGUUAUAGAUAUUUCUGCCAAUGCUAGCAAUCUAAAUGUAACGCAGGAACCAAAUCAGUAUGCUUUACCAAAUGACGUUGAUAUCAAAAAUAAUUUCUUUAAUGAAGAAAAACACGUCAUGAAUGCAGAUUAUGCCAAUAGUCAACUUUCAAUGAAUCCUAUUCCACACGAUGUAAACGCUACGGUGAAUAAUGAUUUCUCGCAAAUCAGUGGUCCGAGUGAAUUAUACUGUGGAAAUAUUUCACAAGAUUCGAUGGAUGUUGAUCACACGACUGUUCAUGAAAACCAGUUUGCGAGUACGGUUCAAAAUUUGGACGAAGGUUCGAGACCCCAACCUGAAGUAAUAGAACAGCCAAUUGUAAUAAAAGAUGAUGCUCAGGAAGUUGAUGCAAAACCAGAACCCAUAAACGAAGUAAAACAAGAAUGUAAACAAGAAGAAAUUGACUUGAACGCUGAGCAGGAACAAACAACUGUAUCUGCACCGGUUCAAUCACCUACAAAUACUGUCAAAACCGAAGAAUUGACUGAACAACAGAGAAAGGUGGAAAAUGAAAAUCUUAACGAUUCUGCGAGUAAUGCUGUUGCGAAUGGCGUUGAUCAAGUUAAUAUUGAAGAUGAACUUAAUGACAUACAAAUGUGUAUUCGAGACGGUUGUGCUAAUCGUGCAAUAAAUAAUCCUGAAUGGGAGCAAGAGUUUUGUAGCAACGAGUGCGUUAUAAUGCAUUGCAGGAAUGUGUUCACAGCGUGGGUGAAAACAAACGAAAUCACUUUAUGAAUGGUUUUCAAUUAUGUACAAAUUUAUUAACGUUUGUCUGAUUAUUACAAAAAAAAUAGUUUCACACUGA